CUUUUGCUUAUCAGUAGAAUAUUUGCAAAUUGCAAUCUUUAUCUAUAUAUAGAUGCCUCCAGUUUGGAUUUGAUAGCGAUAAUUCACAUUUGUUCUUUCAUUUUGUCGUGUUCAUUCACAUUUUAACCAAUUGCUCUUCAUUCAUAUCUGGGAUUUUAGUUGAUCCCGGUGAAAUGGAGAAGAAAAUGCUGUUCCAUUUGACGAUUUUGAUUUUGGGUAUUUUGAGUUCUUCUUCCAUGGUGAAAGCAGAGGACCCUUAUAAGUACUUCACUUGGACUGUUACUUAUGGAACUGCUUCUCCUCUUGGUGUCCCUCAACAGAUUAUCUUAAUAAAUGGUCAAUUUCCUGGCCCUAAGCUUGAUGUUGUAACAAAUGACAAUAUUAUCCUCAAUCUCAUCAAUAAUCUAGACCAGCCUUUCCUCUUGACAUGGAAUGGAAUUAAACAAAGAAAGAAUUCAUGGCAAGAUGGGGUUUUGGGCACAAAUUGUCCGAUUCCACCGAAUUCCAAUUUCACAUACAAAUUCCAACCAAAAGAUCAAAUCGGAGGCUACACAUACUUCCCGUCGACCGGAAUGCACAAAGCCGCCGGUGGUUUUGGAGCGAUUAAUGUUUAUGCUCGACCUCGUAUUCCGGUUCCAUAUGCAAUUCCCGCCGGUGAUUUUAAUUUACUCAUCGGUGAUUGGUACAAAUCCAACCAUAAGGGGUUACAACAAUAUCUUGAUUCAGGAAGAUCGCUUCCUUUCCCUGAUGGCAUUCUUGUAAAUGGACAAACACGAACCACCUUUAGUGGUGAUCAAGGUCAAACAUACAUGUUUAGAAUCUCGAAUAUGGGUUUAUCGACUUCCUUCAACUUUAGGAUUCAAGGACAUAAAAUGAAACUUGUCGAAGUUGAAGGGUCAAAUGUGGUUCAAAACAUGUACGAUUCACUUGAUGUCCAUGUUGGUCAAUCGAUUUCGGUUCUAGUUACAUUAGAUCAAGCUCCGAAAGAUUACUAUGUUGUUGCUUCAACACGGUUUACAAGAAAAAUUCUUACUUCGGUUUCGGUAUUACACUAUUCCAAUUCCCAAACAUCCGUCUCUGGUCCCAUUCCCGCUGGCCCAACCUACCAAGUUCACUGGUCAAUGCAACAAGCUAGAACAAUAAGAUGGAACCUUACAUCGAACGCGGCAAGGCCGAAUCCGCAAGGUUCAUUCCAUUACGGAACAAUCACGCCCACAAGGACGAUCGUGUUGAGCAACUCUGCAAACCUAAUAAAUGGAAAGAUUCGAUAUGCUGUCAAUGGGGUGUCUUACAUUAAUGCAGACACCCCAUUGAAGCUCGCGGAUUACUUCAAUAUUCCCGGUGUUUAUUCUAUGAACACCAUUCAAAUGUCCCCAAAUAGCGGUGCGGCAACCGUUGCCACCGCUGUUAUGGGGGCCGCACUUCAUGACUUUCUUGAAAUCGUCUUCCAAAACAAUGAGAAAAUCGUGCAGUCGUGGCAUCUUGAUGGCUAUGACUUUUGGCCCGUAGGAUAUGGGUCCGGGGAAUGGAGUCAAGAGAGCCGAAAAAGUUACAAUCUUGUGGAUGCUCUUACACGACACACGGUGCAAGUAUACCCUAACUCAUGGAGUGCAAUUUAUGUUUCAUUGGACAACCAAGGAAUGUGGAAUCUAAGAUCUUCGAUGUGGGAACGACAAUAUCUUGGUCAACAAUUCUACUUGAGAGUUUAUAAUCCGGUUAAGAGUCUUGCGAAUGAAUAUGAUAUUCCUUCGAAUGCUCUUCUUUGUGGUAGAGCCGCAGGACGACGUUUCUAAAUGAUUUGUUUGUUUAUUCAAAGGUCAUGAAGGUUUGAUCAAAGAAAUUAUUGGAUAAUAUUUAGAUGAUACGAGUAUGUUUAUGAAGAUUAGGACUUGUUUUUUGGUCCCGGUUUUUUAUUCUUUAUUUUCUUGGACGCCUCCGUUUCAUUUUAGGGUUUAUAUUUGUAUAUUAUAACGUUCUACUAUCGAGUUUUAUCUUGUUAAGGUAUUGUAUUUCGAAAAGUCUAUUGAAAUAUAGCAAUCAUAUUUACAA